AUGAGGUGGGCCCACCUGUUGUUCCUCGGCGUGCUGGCGGCCACGCACGCCGCCGACCUGGAGCAGCUGUACGAGUGGAACUUCCUGCCCUUCCGGCUGCCGCGAGGCUUCCCGAGCGACGGCUACGUGCCGGAGAACAACGUCUUCACGGGCCUCGAGGUGGGCUGGAACCGCGUCUUCGUCGCCAUCCCGCGCCUGCGCAACGGCGUCGCCGCCACCCUCGCCGUCCUGCCCAAGGUCACGCACCCGGCGCACGGGCCCGCCGCGCCGCUGCUCGACGCGUACCCCAGCUGGGCGUGGCACUCGACGGCGUCGCGGCCCAACUGCUCGACGCUGGUGUCGGUGUACCGGGCGCGCGCCGACCGCUGCGACCGGCUGUGGGUGCUGGACAGCGGCCUCAUGGACUCGCUCGGCACCUUCACGCGCGUCUGCCCGCCCAAGCUGGUCGUGUUCGACCUGCGCACCGACUCGCCCGUGCGCUCCGUCACCUUCCCGCAGGACGUGCUGCGGCCCAGCUCGCUGCUCACCAACCUCGUCAUCGACGACGAGGGCUCCCGCUCGUGCGACGACGUCUUCGUCUACAUGAGCGACAGCGCCGCCCCCGGGCUCGUCGUGUACGACGCGGGCCGCGACUCCGCCUGGAGGGUCAGCCAGUCCUACAUGUGGCCGCACCCCGACCGCAGCGCCUUCCAGGUGGCUGGCGAGUCGUUCACGCUGAUGGACGGCGUGCUGGGCCUGGCGCUGUCUCCGCCGCAGCCGCAGCUGCACCCCCACCCCCUGGCCGGCCACGGGCAGCCCGCCUCGGGCUCGCGCCUCCUCUACUUCCAGCCCAUGGCGGAGACGCGCCUCUUCUCGGUGCCGACGUCGGCGCUGCGCGGCGGCCCUCUGCGCGAGCUGGAGGAGCUGCCGGUGUCCGUCGUGGGCCACAAGUCGUCGCAGUCGGCCGUGCUGCACGUGGACCAGCGCGACGGCGCCGUCUGGAUCAGCCCCGUCACAGAGGCCGCCGUCGCCUCCUGGCAGCCCGCCACCGACACCGCCAGCGUCGUCGCCUACAGCCCUGACCUGAUCCAGUUCUCGUCGGAGCUGAUCCUGGCGCCGCGCGACGACUACAACGUGUGGAUGCUGUCUUCGCGCUUCCAGAAGUUCUUCCGGCGCACCUACAACCCGCACGAGAUCAACAUGCGCAUCCUGCGCAUCCGCCUCGCGCCCACCGUCGGGCCCUACUUCGGCCCCGGACUCCUCAACAACACCCUCGUCUUCGACGGCUUCUAGAGCGCCCGCCACCGGACCACUCGCAGAGGUCACCUGUUGCUCGGACGGUUGCGUCGUUCUCCACUCCAGCCUCGUCUCGUUACCGCUUUCCAAAACUUUUGGCUUUUCAUCUCUCCUCCCGCAAAAUUUGUCUGAGAAGUAUCACGAAAAAACUGGAAAAUUACCUGUGUUCUUAUUUACUCACUUACUCAAUUUAACUGUAACGGAAUAUCUGUACUGCAGCAGUAUUAUCAUAUAAUCAUGUUCCUACGAGCGUCAGUCAGCUGCAAACGCAGAACUUUUCAGUUGUCUGUCGACCAGCAAAAUGAAAGUCCCCUAUUAAAUAGAUGUCGUAUUACUCUCUGACCUGCUUCCUGACAUUACUUGACUUCAUUGCAGUUUUCAGAUAGUUGAUGACUGGUCAUAACAGCUUAUGUACACAAUGUUUUUAUCACAUUUAACUUAAAUCUUACUGAAUAAUACACACAUAGCAGUAAGUUUUCUCCCACCAUAGGAACAGCAACUGAGGUUCACAUUCAAAAUGAUUGUGAAAUUAUGAGAUAUUUCGACUAAAUGAAAUCUGUAUUUCAGAUUCUGUAUCGAGACAAACUUUUACAUAAUUCGAGCUAUGGUCACAGUUUGUUACUUUUUUCUUCCCUCUCUUCUCAGACACUGAAGAGACAAAUGUCAAUAUUAAGUUUAAACGACAAUAGCUAUCAUAUAACUUUACCUAACCAUGUAGGGUUUGCUAGUGUAUAAUAACGUUUAUGUGCAAUAUACAAUUCUGUACUGCAAAAUCGGAUUCUGUAGCUACGAAUUUGAUGGUAAAAUCGCUUGAAUUAGAGUUCUAAAACUAGCCGUAAUGAUUAACGGCAUCGGACCGUAUUCCUUCGAAUUUUCUUUAUAUGCACAAAUCAACAAGUGCUUCUUACUUGUAUAAACAGUUACGAAUCCCUGUGCUCACAUUAAAUGAAACACGCAACUGCCUGUUUAAGCUAAACCAACGAAUCUCUCACGGUAUCUCUUUCUUCCAGAAGUUCAGACUUAGAUAUUACUUACUUGACACUUCAUUGCAGUGUCUAAAAUGUUACAUUUCCUUACACUUAGUCAUCUAGAGAUAAUUAUAUCCAAGAACGUAAAAUAAAAAUAAUAAUGGAAAAGUAUCUUUAACAGAAUGUAGCAGUUGUUCCUCGAUGUCUACAGCUUUUUACUGGUCAUUUCUGCAGUGGCCCAAUGCAUUUUUAAACCGUCAGUUUAUUCUUUUUCAGAACACUGCUGACCGAUUCGGAGAGCAGCUUGUGAAUUAAUCAUCAUUAACUGUCAUGAUUCUAGCGACGUUUCAACCCAUAAUGUUGGCACCAUCUUUCUAAAGUGGCAGAAAAGCAUAUUAAAGAUUUCGUUCGAUCUUUUCAUACUUCACUCUUAUUUCCUGUGCCAAAGAGAUCCGUGUAUUUUUAUGGUAGGCUUACCAUAUAGGCCUUAGCACACGUCAAAAGAAUAGAAUGUACGCUUGUAAAGCGUUAUAGUUGUUUAAUUAUUGAAAGUGGAAAAACUAUUCUAUUUUAAAUAAACUUACGUCAGUCACUUGUUUUGCUGCCAUGCGCCAAUACAUUUAACUUGGAGUGAACAGUAGUACGUUAGAUAUGUACUACAGUAAUAGCUAAUACACAGACGGAAAAUCUCUCCUGAGUUUGCAUCCAAACAGACCACCGUCCAUGUAAAGGACUUUAUGAUGUUGUUAAUAUGUUUGUUAUUUAUUUUUGUACAUACUCAACAGAAUUUUGUAAUUACCAUCUUUUUGUAACUUUUUGCACUCUCAUGUUCUUGUUUCUGCGGUUACACGAAAUUGUUUUUAAAAUAAAUUUUAUUUUGGAA